CCUGAACCGCUCUAACUAAUUUUUAGCUCUGUUGAUAGUCUGAUAACCACAGCUGCAGGGGUAAUGUGGCAAUGAAGACUCAUUUAAUAGGCCAACCACCUCCAGGUGUCUUCUGUUUUCUCCCCCUUCCAGUGCUGACCGACGAUGCAGUUCUCCCCUCUGUCCCCCGCCGCCAUCGCGCUGUCCCUCCCUCUCCUCCUCCUUGGCCAUGUCUCUGCAGCGGGCGCGACAUGCGAGACCGUCACGACCAACCUGCUCAGCAAUCCGUCCUUUGAGUCGGGCGAAGUGAGCCCCUGGUCGGUGAUCGAUGGCACCGGCACGAUCAUCAGUGAUACCUCGGAUGGCGGCGAAUAUGCGCUUCAAGUCUACGGCACCACGUAUUUCGGCGUGGAGCAGGCCGUGACUGGCCUCACCGUCGGCGAGACCUACACCCUCUCCUUCGACUACAAGCUCAUCAGCAGCACCCUGUCGGGGUCUUGGCUGUGCGAGUUUUUCAUCGAAACUGCCUAUGGCACCGCCGUCGCAGAGGCCACCACAAGUUACUCAUCGACCGAUCCCACCUGGUAUACCCUCUCGGCCUCCUGGACAGCGACCAGCGCCUCAUGCGAGUUCAUUAUGUGGGCUUAUUGCCCGACAGGCGUCAGUCAUCGACCGUAUAUCGGCUUCGACAACGCCCAGUUCCUCAGCCAGGAGACCGUCUGUUCUUCCUCUUCUUCCGCAACCCCGACUCCUACUACUCAGGCCUUGUCUGUCUCGAGUUCGGCGUCUGGGUUGCCUUCAACUUCGUCGUCAUUGCCAUCCUCAUCUCCGUCGAGCACUGUCGUUACCUCGACCUCUGCCUCCGGGCUGUCAUCAUCGGCUGUUUUUACAUUGAGCACCUCUUCUUCAGCUAUAUCCAGCGCAGGUGUCUCAGCUAUAUCCAGCGCAAGUGUCUCUUCAGCCGUAUCGACAAACAAGCUUGCCCUUUUCAUCAGCAAGAGGUUCGCCUCGUCCGUCAGGGCCUGCCUCUUCAUCCAGCCCAUUACCUUCUUCUUCCUUUACUCUCAGUCGUUCGCCGUCCUCUAA